CCCCGCCUCCCCCGCCCCGCCCCGCCCCGUCCCGUCCCUCCUCUUUCCUCCGAGGAAACUUUCCGCCGGCUGGUCCAUCGGCCCGUGUCCGGCCCGCGCUGCCGCGGCCUGGGAGCUGAGCGGUACGGGCGGGGCGGGCGGGAGCAGGGGUCCCCGGGUGCGUGCGGCUGACGGAGGUGCCGAGGCCUGACCGCGGGAAAGCGGGGCGCUGACGGGUGGAAACUAGAGCUGCUCUUCCAAGGAGAGGAGCUGCCCGGAGAAAGCGGCGUCAGGAUCAACUUCAGACUGGGGAUUAGGAUCUGACCUUGCUGACCUCGCAGGCUAACCGGGGAGCUGCCCCCACAGAGCAGCAUGGAUGCCCCGCGAAGGGACAUGGAGUUGAUCAGCAACAGCCUGGCGGCCUACGCACACAUCCGUGCUAACCCCGAGAGCUUUGGCCUCUACUUCGUGCUGGGUGUCUGUUUUGGCCUGCUGCUAACCCUGUGCCUGCUAGUCAUCAGCAUCUCCUGCGCGCCCCGCCCGCGGCCCCGGGGCCCCGCUCAGCACCGAGACCCCCGCAGCAGCACCCUGGAGGCUGAGGACAUGGACGAGGAAGAGGACACGGUGACGCGGCUGGGCCCCGAUGACACGCUGCCUGGUCCCGAGCUGUCCAGCGAGCCCGACGGGCCUCUGGGCGUCAACGUUUUCACGUCAGCGGAGGAGCUGGAGCGGGCACAGCGCCUGGAGGAGCGGGAACGGAUCCUGCGGGAGAUCUGGCGCACCGGUCAGCCAGACCUGUUGGGCACCGGCACACUGGGGCCCAGUUCCACAGCUACAGGCACCCUGGGUCGCAUGCACUAUUACUGACUGGGCUGCUUCCUCUGCAAGGCGCUCUGGGUACUGGACAUGCACUUGAGCUCACAGCUGCCCCAGGACCUUUGGAUCGGCCCAGUUUGCGGUGCUGUGGUGGCCCCGCCCCCACAGCUCCCAUGGUGCUAUGGGCGUGGAUUCCCACCCUCUGGGGGGAGGGCUGGACACAGGGUCCCCCCCAGGGAGUGGUUAAGAGGUGAAGUGACCAAUGAAAGCUGCAUUCUCAGUGA